GGGUCAGUUCCCAGCAGCUCCGCUAGGGCCGAGGCCGCAGACGACAGAAUGAUGUUCCCGCUGCCGCUGGACUUCUUCCCCCCGCUGCGCCUGAGCAAGCAGGAGGCGCAGUCCUUCCUCCAGUGGGGCGACUCGCUGCUGCAGCAGACCAUCGACGCGUACCACCGCGAGCAGUUCGACACGCAGGAGAUGCGCGAGCGCAAGUGGAAGCCCAUCAAGCAGCGGCGCGACCUGACGGUCUACCGCCGGCGCAAGAUCAAGGACGACGGCGACUACAAGUUCCUCUGCACGGGGCGCAUCGACGGCACGCUGGACGAGGUUGUCAUGGGCCGCUACGCCGACAACACGCCCGACUUCCGCCGCAUCUCGGGCGUCUACCGCGACGACAUCGUCGACUGCGCCGUGCUGGGCGUCAUCAAGAAGCGCAGCCCCGAGGACCCCUUCUUCCUCUCCUGCUUCAAGUGGAUGACGGUCGAGUCCCCCGGCAAGGGCCUCGUCAAGAACCGCGACGUGUGCUGGUACGAGCAGGUCGGCAUGACGCGCGACCGCAACGGCAAGGAGAUCGGCUACACGCUCACCGAGUCCGUGGAGCUGCCCACGUGCCCCACCUUCAACGAGUGCGUGCGCGCCAAGUUCUCCAUCUGCUACCUGUAUAAGCGCAACAAGAGCGGCGGAGUGAAAGUCUACAUGCGUGGCAAGAACGACGCUGGCGGGAAGGUCGUGGACUGGGUGGCGGACAUCAAGUCGGCCGAGCUAUGGCUGCGCAUCGAGCAGGCCAUGCCCGUGGCCCACGCGGUCAUUGCCACCGCGCUCGUGGAGGCCGGCAAGUACACGGUGCGGCCGUUCAUCACGCACAAGAAGUGCGAGGUGUGCCACGCCAAGGCGUCCGGGUUCCUCAGCUCGUCCAAACAGUGCGCCGUGUGCCACCGUCUCACGUGUUCCAGCUGCGUCGCGAAAGUACGCGUGCUCAGCUUCCACGACUUUCGCGUGCCGCACCACGAGCUGUUCUGCAAGAAGUGUAUCCGGUUGAUUCACCAGGUGGAUCUGCGCGCUCCGGAAAGUGUGCAAAACCUUGUCGAAUACGCCGCCGCGUCGCUGACCGGGCCCGAGAGCUCGGAGAACAGCUUCAUGAGUUCGCGUGGCAGGGCAACGAGCCGACUCACGGACGACAGCGGGGAGGGUCUGGACGAAGACCGAUUCCGACACAAGGCAACGUCCGUGACGAGCAGCCACAGCAGCAGUAGCGGCUCGUUCCGCGCGCUCCCGCAGCCUCGAAUUGGCGUGAAUCGCCACGACCAGGACGAGGAGACCCACUAUUAUACGCAGUCCGGAGGAGCCGCUGCUCCUCUGCCAAAGCACCCCGGGCGGCCAACGCAUUCGUCGUCGAUGCCUGCCGUGACUAUCUACGAUGGUCCUGUGAAGAGCAGUCGCAGCAUGGAUGCCUACACUCAACGCCGCUACAGCCGCUCACCGCCGCCCAGUCCAGAAGACAACUAUUAUAGGGGGCGCGACUCGGAGACGGCGUUGAUCCGGGCCCGUUCGAUUCCGAGUGCGGGACCUUACGGCGGGAACCUGAGCAGCCCCUUGUCUUAUGAGCGCAACAGCGGAGACACCUCCACGGACUCGCUCAUGACGCAAAUCAUCAAAAUGAACCUCAUCGCCGAGCAGUCCCGACAGCAGAUCCAGGACAACCUCAAGCUGGCACGUCAACUCAGCAGCACCCGCUCAUAAGCUGCGCCAGAUCCUGCUUGCGUGGAAGCUGGAUCGGAACGAGCACGUCCCGCGGUUGUACAUAUGCGCUAAGCAAACCAGGUUCCAUGCGUCAUUUAUUUCGCUCGCCAGAGCUGCCAUCACUAUAAGCCCAAUAUCACCACAAAAACCAUUUCUUG